CACCCACUUCAGUUCCUUCCUUUUCUUAUUUGCGCAUCACUGUUCUCUCCACCGAGCAUCAACUUUAGCUCGCCAUAUCAACACGUGUCCAACCCUGACCCCACAUGUCAGUGUCAAGGUCUUCCUAUUUACCCUCUCUCGGUGAUAACACCUGUCAAACUUUACUCACUAGUAACCACCCCUCCCAGCCUCCCACCCUCAUUGAAGCAGAGUUAACAUCAAGGAGAAGAGUUCCAGCCUCAUCGGAGAAGCCAAGAACUCAUCUCCUCCUCUCCUUCCUCAGGUCAGCUGCAUCCUGCAUGUACGUACGUCCAUACUCUGCUUUCCUUGCAUUGCAUCCAUGGAUUUGGGGCUUUGGCAACUGACGAAAGCUUCAUGCAUGUCUGCAAUGGUGGUGGCAGGUGAGGUGAUGGUGGAUGAGAAGGGGAGGUGUGGGAGGUGCAGGGAGUGGCAGGAUCACUACUACUGGGAGCACAUGGAGGAUGUGAGCAAGAUCAGGUUCUUCAAGCUCAUGACAGGAGACUUUCAGCAGCGCAUUAGCAUACCAGAGAAGAUUGCCAACAAUGUCAUCGGGAAGAUCGCCAAUGGAGGAUUCACUCUCAAAGCACCAAGCGGCCAGGAAUGGCGCGUUGGUGUCGAAAAGAUUGCCGAUGAGCUCUUCUUCAUGCCAGGAUGGGAUGAAUUUGCCAGGGCUCACGAACUGCAGGAGAAUGACCUCCUGCUCUUCAAAUGCACUGGCAAUGGCUCCUUUGAUGUACUCGUCUUUGAUGCCAGCGGCUGCGAGAAGGUUUCGUGUUUCUUCGCCGAUAAAAAGGGUCCCAACAUGCGCAAACAGUUUGAUAGCAUUGUGUGUCAACACGGUGAAGAGCGCUGCAUUUUGAGCGAUUCUGACGAUGCUAGCAUGCCUUUGUCGCAGCUGGUUCGGUCUACUCACAAGGCCUCCACUUCAAAGAAAUCAAGGAAAGAGAACGAACCUCCAAACAACAGCAACUAUUAUAUUAAGAACGAGGCGGUAGAGGAACCAGAGGAAAGUGAUGACGGCCACACUGAAUCCGACUACUUCUACUACUCAAGGUUUGCAAAUUGCCUGACUGAAGAUGAACGGGAGGAAAUAUUCGGGCUGGCAUCAAUUCAAUUAGGCAAUCCUGUGUAUGUGGCUGUCCUGCAGAAGACUCAUGUUCGCCGCACGAACAACUUCCUGAUCGUCCCCAGCAAAUUUGCAGCUGAUCAUCUGGAGGGGAGAUCACAUGAGAUGCUGCUUCUCAGGCCAAACAGAAAAGAGAGAUGGCAUCUCAAAUACUACCAUGGGAGCGUCACCCGAGGCUUCAACUGCCGGCGCUGGAGCAAGUUUGUUCAUGACAACAGGCUGCGCGAGGGCUAUGUGUGCGUCUUCGAGCUGAUGAAAGGUGCGGGGAAGGCGACGAUGACUGUCCAUGUCCUUCGGAAGGUGGAUGGCAAGUUUGUUCUACUAGGCUGAGUCCCUGCGCCUUACCCUGUGCCUGAGGUUGAGUAUGUGUAAAUGUCAAAUGUAUCAGCAAGAACUGAAGUGGCUUGCGGUGGCAUGUAGCCGUAUGAUGCAAGCGCACAACUUUUGUAACCUAAAGCACUUCUUAGUGUGGUAUGGCUGAAUCUUUAUAGCCGGCUAA